UUGUCCCGGCAGGUGAGGGAGGGAGUGAGGAAUGCUGCAGUUAGUCAGAGGGUGACGCUGUGCCCUUAUCACCAGGUACAUACCUGCACCGACCCACAGGGAGACCGGGCAGGGAGAGGGAGACAAGCUGCAAAGCCCAGCACCGACUCUCUGCGGCUGCACUGCACCGGGAGGGGCAGGCACUGACACAAGUGGGAAGGAGCUGACUCGAUCGCCCCAAAUCUUUAACCAGGACACAGCAGCCGCGCCGGUCAUCCACCGGAGGAGAUGCAGUGGUGGACGUUAUGGAGCUCAUUGGCAAUCGUGGUACUGAUGGGAGCCAUGUGUUACGGCCAGAGAAGCAAUCGCUGCCUUCUCAAACGAAGUCAAACCUGCUCUGAUUGCAUGAGAGUGGAUAAAGACUGCUCCUAUUGUGCUGAUGAGGGCAUUAAUUACCCAAGAUGCGAUCUGCACAUCAAUCUGCAAUCAAAAUGCAAAAACAUUAUGAGGCUUCAGAGCUCGAUGAAAAUCCUAAGGAAUACAAUGAUCAACACGAGCAGCAAGCAUAGCCAGAUCUCACCACAACAGCUCGCAAUGACCCUGAGAGCAGGAGAGGAGAAGAGGAUAAAAUUCAAUGUCUUUCAGCCGCUGGAAACUCCAGUCGAUCUUUAUUUCCUCAUGGACUUUUCCAACUCAAUGGAGGAUGAUUUGGACAACCUGAAGAAACUGGGCCUCAAGCUGGCUGAUGUGGUGCGGAACAUGUCAAAUGACUACACCAUCGGCUUUGGGAAGUUUGUUGACAAAGUAACUGUUCCACAGACAGAUAUGAGACCUUCAAGGCUCCAAGAACCCUGGCCCAACAGCGAUCCUCCAUUCUCCUUCAAGAAUGUUAUUCCAUUGACAUCAGAUGCUAAUAAUUUCACCAAUGAGCUGAAGAAAGAGAGAAUUUCGGGAAACGUGGAUGCUCCUGAAGGUGGAUUUGAUGCCAUUCUGCAGGUUGCUGUUUGUCAGAAUCAAAUUGGCUGGAGGAAUCAGAGUACCCACAUAUUGGUUUUCUCCACUGAAUCUGCCUUUCAUUAUGAAGCUGAUGGCUCCAAUGUUCUCUCUGGGAUUCUGAAACGAAAUGAUGAACACUGCCACUUGGACUCAAAAGGGUCCUACACUUGGCAUACAUUGCAAGAUUAUCCAUCGAUCCCAACUCUGGUUCGUCACCUUACGGAGCAAAGCAUCAUCCCAAUCUUUGCAGUUACUAACCACUCUUAUUCUUAUUAUCAGAAAUUGAGUAAAUAUUUUCCUGUGUCUGAUAUUGGGCAGCUCCAGGAAGACUCCUCCAAUAUAAUCGAAUUGUUACGGAAUGCAUUUGAGAACAUUCGCUCCAAGAUGGAAAUCCGAGCUGAGAAUGUCCCCGUAACAAUGUCAGCCAAGGUCUCAUCAUUAUCUUCUGCCACGUCUCGGAGUGACUCUUCUGUCUUCACUGUGGCCCCAGGAGAAGUGAAAGAGUUUGAGCUGAAAGUGAAAGCUAUGGAUUCCAUUAUGUGUACCAAUGAGAAGGAGCAGAGGGCAAACCUGAUUGUUAAGCCUAGCACUUUCACAGAUGCUUUGACAGUGGAUACCUCCCUGUUGUGUGAAAAAUGUUCGUGUGAAACGAAUCCAGAGAAGAACUCUCCAAAAUGUAAAGGGAAUGGUGACUUUGUUUGUGGGCAAUGCGUGUGCAAGGAUAAUUGGCAAGGGGACACCUGUGACUGUGACACACGUAAUCAGGAUGGCACUGAGGUCAAAGCCUGCAAGAAUCCCCUUGACAAUUCCCAGAUUUGCUCUGGUCGUGGGGAUUGUUACUGUGGAGUUUGUUACUGUCAUCCAUCGGAAUACCACCUGGAAAGAUUUGAGGGAAAAUAUUGUCAAUACAGCACCCUGCACUGCCCACGCUUUGCCGGCUUUAUGUGUAAUGAUCACGGUGAAUGUUUUGAGGAAAAGUGCAUAUGUAGAGAAGGAUGGACAGGUGACUCGUGUGAGUGCCCUAUCAGCAACGCCACAUGCAUUGACAUCAAUGGGGGACUCUGCAACGGUAAUGGUGUCUGUGAUUGUGGAAGAUGUCAGUGUUAUGAUAACAAUGCUGAUCCAACCUGUAACUCUUUACAGUAUUUGCUGGGGAUAUGUGAAGACUUGCGCAGCUGUGUCCAAUGCUGGGCCUGGAAUACUGGGGACAAGAAAGGAAACAACUGCAAGGAUUGCCCGCAAAUCUUUACCUUUGUGGAGGAACUGAAAUCAGAAAAGGAAGUGACAGAACACUGUGAGUUCCGCGAUGAGGAAGAUGAUUGUACAUUUUAUUACACAGUGACAGUGCUCCCAGGUAGCAACCAAACUCAAGUAGAGGUGCUGAAGAAGAAAGAUUGUCCCCCAGGAGGCUUCCUCUGGCUCAUUCCACUCAUCAUAUUCCUGAUGCUGUUGUUGGGUCUCCUGUUGUUGCUCUGCUGGAAGUACUGUGCCUGCUUUCGGGCCUGCUGUGCAAGACUCCCAUGCUGUGCGAUGCUGCCGUGCUGUGCCGCAGGUACCAAGGUUGGGUUUAAGGAAAACCGCCACAUGUUAAAUCAAAGCAAGCUCACCUACCUUGACACACCAAUGUUACGAAAAAACAAACCUGUAGGCACAGACGUUGUCAGGUGGAAGGUGAUGGACAAUGUUCACAAAGAACCUUCUAAACGGUAUCAGGGAACCAACUCUAACGACACUGUUCCGUACAACCUGUCACUGCAAGCAACCAGAAUAUUCAAUGAUGUGCUGAAGAAUCCUGACUCAGCAGAGUUUAGGCAGCUCCGCCUGGAGGUGGAGGAGAAUCUGAAUGAUGUCUUCAAAAUUGUGCCAGGUUUCCAGGGGGCACAGAAGACCACGUUUAGGGUUCAACCAAAGACAGGAAAAAGGGAGGCCCUGACCAUCAUCGAUACACAAAUACCUGCCCUUCGCUCAGCAGAGAAACAGAUUGUCAAUUUAACUGAAGACAUGGUGUCCAUGGGUGCCUUCAGCAAUCUGAAGGUUAUGCCUGGCUACUACACUGUUGCAUCUGAUCGAGAUGCUCACGGGCAGGUGGAAUUCCCGGAUGGUGUCGAGUCUGUUAAUGUGCGGGUCCCACUCUUUGUGAAGGAUGAAGAUGAUGACGAGAAGCAAUUGCAAGUGGAGGCUGUUGAUGUUCCAAAGGGGAAUGCAGAGAUUGACCAGCCAUUUGUGUACAUCACCAUGAUCAAACAGGCCUUAGCCAAAAGCAUUAUCACCUUCAUGCACCCAUCAUACAGAUACCAAAGACAAGACAAAGUGGCCAAAAUUCCCCUUAUCCGGGAGAUACGGGAGGAUGGACGCACACAGGUCUCUUACAGGACAAAAGAUCGCACCGCCAAGGAUGGCAAGGAUUACAUAGCAACAGAGAACCAUGUCACAUUCCAACCCGGAGAGACUCGCAAGGAGAUUCCUGUUGUUCUUUUGGAGCAGACCGAGAUUGAUACCUUGCUGGGAAAUGAGCAGGAGAAAAAAUUCUGUAUGGAGCUCUACAAUCCCCAAAAUGGAGCAAAGAUUGGGAAGUAUCCUGAAACGAAUGUCAUCAUCACUGAUGAUAAUGAGAGGCAAAUCCCGAUUGACACCCCACCAUUCAAUCUGAAAGCUCAUCCAAUUGACAGCAGAAGAAUCCAGCUGAAUUGGAACCCACCCCUGGGUGAGCCAUCAGGAUAUAGGGUGGAGUAUUGGCCUGAAGAUGACAGGCUUGCCUCUCAGAUUAUGGAGACAAGGAAUACUUCUGCUGAGCUCAUCAAUCUCCAGCCAGGCUCUUACUAUGCAAUGAAUGUGCUGGCCUAUAAUGAUCUUGGUGAUGGUCCCCAAUCUGCCAUCACUUAUUGUCAUACUCUGGAUGAGGUUAAUCAAGCACCAAUUCUUCUGAAGGGUUCCAACCCCAUUAAGUCUGCACCAACUAAUUUGAAAGCUCACCCAAUUGACAGCAGAAGGAUCCGCCUGAAUUGGACCCCUCCACCAGGCCAACCAUCAGAAUAUAAGGUGACCUACUGGAUUGAGGGGGAUGAGAAUUCUUCUCAGGUCAUAAAAACGAUGACUCCUUCUGCUGACCUGACCAAUCUCUACCCAUACUGUGACUACGAGAUGAAUGUCUGUGCCUAUAACUCACAAGGUUUUGGGCCCUACUCAGACGUUGUUCAAUGUCGCACACUUGAAGACUUACCAAAUCAGCCAGGAAGAUUGGCGUUCAAUGUCAUUUCACCAACCGUGACACAACUGAGCUGGGCUGAACCUUCGGAAACCAAUGGGGAAAUUACAGAGUAUGAAGUCACUUACACUGUGGUGACUGAUGAGAAUCAGCCCAUUGGACCUAAAAAGACAGUGAAAAUUGAUAAGCCAAAGAAGCGGAUGGUAAUGAUCGAGAAUCUGAAAGCGGAGCAGCCAUAUCUGUACACAGUACGAGCCAAGAAUGGUGCUGGUUGGGGACCAGUCCGAGAAGCCACAAUGAACCUCUCCACGCAGCCAAAACGACCAAUGUCCAUUCCCAUCAUUCCAGAUGUUCCAAUUAUUGACGCUGAAGCACACGAUGAGUAUGAGAACUUCCUGAUGUACAGCUCUGAUGUAAUGCGAUCACCCAGACCGAGCACUUCUGAUGACAUAGGCUCCAAAUGGCAACAUGUCCAACUGCUGGGCGAUGGUUUCGAUGGGCGGAGGGUAACGUGGCAGCUACCGGUGGAAGUGAUACCCCGCCUUUCCUGUAGCUCUUCCCUGACGCAUGCUUCCUCAGACAUUGAGAGCCUCCUCUCCGAAGACACUGAGUAUUCAGACACCAUGAGGAGGAAGGCUACGCCCCAACCACGGGAAGGUCAAGAUAUGUCGAUGAAUGGGAAAUGGGAGAUGAACUCUCUCUUCCCAGGCAGUGCCAACAGCACCCUCAGUAGGAGCACCACCACCAACUACAACCACCAAUACACCAGGUUGAUAGAAGACUCUCCCAUGUCCUCAAAGACUCACACUACCAUGAUGUUGGGACAGGAAUCACGAAUGUACGGAAAGGAAGGAGUUAACUACACGAACAUUGGAGGGAGGAGACGCACUGAAUCUGAGGAUAUAAAUGCUGCUCUUGAGAACCUGGAGAUGGUUCUACAUGAAAGCCGGUCUCCUGGGAUCCCAGACACUCCGACUCGCCUCGUGUUCUCUGCCCUUGGAGCAACCUCGUUGAAAGUCAGCUGGCAGAAACCUCAAUGUGACCGUGAGAUCCGAGGCUAUCGAGUCACAUACCAGCCUCUUCUGGGAGGUGAGACGAAAAUAAUUGACAUCUCAAACCCCGAAGAGAACUCCAUUAUCAUCAAUGAUCUUCUACCCAACUACUCCUACAUGUUCAAGGUCAUGGCUUUGAGUGAUAAGGGCUGGGGUCCAGAGCGAGAAGGCGUCAUCACCAUUGAAUCAAAGGUGGACCCGUUAAGUCCUCUGAGCCCAGUUCCAGGCUCUCCUUUCACACUGAGUACACCAAGUGCUCCAGGGCCCCUUGUCUUUACAGCCAUUAACUCUGAACUGCUCAAACUAAGCUGGGAAAAACCCCGCAAACCAAAUGGAGACAUCAUGGGCUACCUUGUAACUUGUGAACCACUGGAUGGACAUGGUGAGAUCAAGACUUAUCAAGUGGAGGGUGAUGAUGCAGAGAUGACACUGAUGGUACCUCACCUCAGUGAAAAUGUUCCAUAUAAGUUCAAAGUUCAAGCAAAAACAACCCAAGGUUAUGGUCCAGAGCGUGAAGGCAUCAUUACUAUCGAGUCACAAGAUGGAGCAAACUUUACUGACUACAAUAAACAGAUGGUAACAAGGCAAGAGGGGUACAUGAUACCUGGGAAUAUGAGCACACAGACCACUCUAUUGCAAUCCACCAUCGACCCCAUGUUCUCAGAGGGAAUGACCGUCACGACACAACGAAUGGAAGGUGCGACAUCAAUCACUCAACAGAUAACUCGAACGAUGAUGAGUGGAACAGUCACCAAACAGAUGGAAAGGAAGUUCUACGAGGCUUGAUCAAUGGACUAGCUUCUGCAAAGUCCUGCUCUCUGUACAGACUGCUGCAGAUUCUUUCUGAUGAACACACCAAUGAGUGAUCUCUGAAGCCCUGAUCUCUGGCUGCCUCUAAGCUUGUCAGUACCUGCAUUAAGAGACCUGCUGGAUAGUUGUGAUGGAUGCUUGCUCCCAUUUGUUCAUUAGGCUUGGUCACUUGGCAUUGUUACAUAGUGCUGUAAUGUUUUCUAGCGUGUUUGUGGUGAGCUUUGAUUAAGAAAGACUCUGCAUUCACCAUAUCAUGAAAUCUGUCCAAAUUUUAAACUGCCUCUAAAUUUUACUUCCCUCUCAAUCCAAUUACCAUGAAUCCAGGCCUUGCCUUGAAACAGACAAGGACACAGGAGAUUCUUGUGUGCAUACUUCACUCUUUCUGCAGUUAUUUGGUGCUUGUUAUCACAAACAGAAACCUCCCUUAGCCACUGCACCACUUGUUUUACACUUUGGGUCACAUUACUUCAUUCGUAUUUAUUUUUUCUUUCAGAUAUAAGCAACUAAUCCUUGUAGAAUGUACAGAUAACUUCAAAAGUGUAUUUGAUUCAAGUUGUGAAGAGUAAUUUACUCUGUGGGUGUGAGCAAUUAUCUGGGGUCUAUACGUUUUAUAGUGAAAUUCAUCAACAGGUGUGAGUAAUUUCUUGUGUUCUCUGAAUGUAACUCAGUCUUCCUUAAUUAUGUCACUUCUUCCACAUCCCCAUCAGCACCUCAACCUGCCCUGCAUUGUUUUCCUGCUGUUUUCAUUUUAAUAACUUAAUCCCGUCAAGCAUUGUUGACUCUCACGUUUCAGGUACUGAAUUCCCACUAGUGUAAAAGACCCCAUAACUCUCAGAAUCCACAAUGAUGACUGGAUUCGUUCCAUUUAGCAGGAACAUCUCAAUACUGUGGAGACAUUUGUCCUAUGCAAUUGGAUUCACUGAGAGCUAGUGAGAUUUGGAUUUAAGAAAUGUAAAAAGACAAACACAGAAAAUAGGAGCAGGAGUAGGCUCUUUGGCCUGUCAAGCCUGCUCUACCAUUUAUUGUAAUAAUGGCUGAUCAUUUCAACUCAACAGUCAUUCCUGCUUUUUCCUUAAAUUCUUUGAUCCCCUUAGCCAUCAGUGCUUAUUAAAAUUCCUUCUUGAAACAAUAUGUUUUGGUCUUGGCUGCUUUCUGUGGUGGUGAAUUCCACAGGAAUGUAGGUAUUUACACAGAAUGAGCUGCAUACAUGGCAAUUCAGCUUCUUGGGUGGCACAGUAGUUAGCACUGCUGCCUCACAGCGCCAGAGACCUGGGUUGAGUCCCUGCCUCAAGCAACUGUCUGUGUGGAGUUUGCACAUUCUCCCUGUGUCUGCGUGGGUUUCCUCCCACAGUCCAAAGAUGUGCAGGUAGGUGAAUUGGCCAUGCUAAACUGCCUGUAGUAUUAGGUGAAGGGGUAAAUGUAGGGGAAUGGGUCUGGGUGGGUUACUCUUCGGAGGGUCGGUAUGGACUUGUUGGGCCGAAGUUCUUGCUUCCACACUGUAAGUAAUCUCAUCUAAAAAAAAAAUCUAAUCUUGACCCAAAAAGCCAAAUACCUCUUCUUAUUUAUCACCUGUCUACUGAGGUAUUGAACUGCAACAUAUGUUUCUUAUAUCCUCCAUACUGGAUAGAAACAUAGCAAAUCUCCUGCACUGCCUUCCAACUACUCGUCAUUUUUUUAUAUUCUGCAACCAAAAUGCUAUAGUAUCUCCUAAAAAGCUUACAUUUUAGAUACUAAAUAUGUAUGUAUAUUGUAAUUUUACUGGGUUGUAUUUUUGGAACUUUCAUACAGUAUGGUAUGCAAGCCAAAUGCCAUAGAUUUGGGUUCCACAUUGUUGGAGCAGGCAAUAGAAAUCUUCAGCUGCAAAGAUUAAUUUUGAGAAGAUUGUGUUGUACAGAACCUGACAGAUCUAAGUGUAAUUCUCAGCCUAACCUCAGCUCGAACAGCUACAUUGGGAGUUACAACCUGCAGUAAGGACAAGGGGAAAUCAGCCAUGGAUCCUGUUGCAGACAGAGAUCCUGGACAAGGGUGAGGUCAGGAUCAGGCAGAAGACUACACAGUUGGCUCGAAGUGUCAGCCACCACUGGGUCUUUUCCCCAAACAAGAGUCAGCACUGUCAGAACAGAGGUGACACAAAAUUCAAUAGAAAUUGAGCAGCAGCUAUGUCCAGAAUGGAAAUGGCCUUAGAUUGUUAUCAUGUGGCUUAUCCCACCCUGUAAACACUGCUUUUGGGUUUUUGUACUUGUAAUAAAAUGCUUCUUCUGCAUUUAUAUAA